UUUCAUCGUCAUUGUAUUCGUAGAGGUUAUUCAAUAAGAAACACUAUUACUAACAAUAAUAAUGCUAAAUUACUCGAAAUCAGGGAAGAAUUUCGAAUUGGAUUAAUCACACUUAAUAAUCCUAAAAAACAUAAUUCAUUAAGUGGCAAGAUGAUGGCAGAAUUGGCAGAUUUGGUUGAUAGAUUAGAAAAGAAUUUGGUUGGAUUGAUAUUAACUGGUAGUGAAAAUACUUUUUGUUCUGACCAUAUAAUAACACCUGAAAAUGGGAAGAAAAUGAGUUUACUUAUGCAAGAUACAUUAUUUAGAUUCAACAAUUUACCACUGAUCUCUAUAGCAGCUAUUGAAGGGUAUGCAUUAGGUGGUGGAGCAGAACUAGCUACAGCUUGUGAUCAUAGAUGUGUUUCAGAGAAAUCUAAGAUUAGAUUUGUACAAGUAAAAAUGGCAGCUACAUCUGGAUGGGGAGGAGGGAAUAGAUUAAUUAAUAUAGUUGGUAGGAAUAAUGCAUUAAAAUUAUUGGGGAAAAGUGAAUUGUUAAGUUAUAAUAAUAAUCAUCAACAAGAUCAACAAGAUAUUAUUGAUAUUGGAUUUGUAGAUGUGGUUUCCAAGGAAGGAGGGACCAUUAAAAAAUCCAUAGAAUUUCUUGAUUCUUAUAUUUAUUUUCAUAGUAAGAAACAACAAAUUGAAGAAAAAAAUCGAGAUGAAGAACAUCAUCCAAGAAAAAGAAAUAGUGUUAAUGCAGUAACAAACCAUAAUUCAACAGAAACACAAAAAAAAUUAUUAGAUUAUGAACAUGAAAUAUUUUGUAAACUUUGGGGUGAAAAAGAAAAUAUCAAAGCAAUUUUGAAAUCCAAAAAUUAG